CCCGGGCCGGCCGCGUCCGCCGCACGUGUGUCGCGCGAUGCCCCCCCGCCCGCGCCGCCACCCCCGCUAGCUCGCGCGUGCUGUGACCGCAGUGAGUGCUCUGUGUGGACGCGUGGAGCGACUGUGGCACGAUGCGAGCGCGACCCCGCACGCGCUGACACGCAUGCCACUAGUCGCCACGGAUUUCUGUCUCUCCAGUAAGUUUGAGUGUUGUUUCGCGACUUAAAUGCACAGUCGCCGCGCGCCCGCCGUGACUUGUUCGAGUUGACAAACUUUUGAUUUAUCCGGCGCUCGAUCGCCCAGUGAAUGGUUCGAGUGGUGGCGAGGAUUGGCGCACAAAGCGCCGCACUAUCUGUGAUCUGAGCGGCGCGAGGUAUCUCCGAGCGGAUCGCGCCGCCGGACGCAGCACGCCCGCUCUCAUAGAGCGCGUGGCGUCGCGCAGGAUGUGCGCGUGCGCGUGGCGCCUGCACGUCUUCACCGCCGCGCUCGUGCUCGCCGCGCAUCUCAUCAAAGUGCUGUCGUGCGGCGAGGCGGGCGCGGGGCCGCGGCUCGCCAAGCGCUACGUGGGGCUGUACACGGGGCCCUACUUCGACCCCUCGGCGCCCAACAACAUCACCACGCAGCUCGGCACGCACGCCUACCUGCCCUGCAAGGUGCGCCAGCUCAGCAACAAGUCGGUGUCGUGGAUCCGGCGCCGCGACGCGCACAUCCUCACGGUGGACCGCUUCACCUUCAUCGCCGACGAGCGCUUCCAGGCCUUCCUCGUCGAGGCGACCGACACCUGGACGCUGCAGGUGAAAUACGUGCAGGCGCGCGACGCCGGCGUCUACGAGUGCCAGGUCGGCACCGAGCCCAAGAUGAGCCACUUCGUGCAGCUCAACGUUGUAGUGCCAAAGAUCGAGAUCGUGGGCGAGUCGGACCUGUACGUGAAGGCGGGCACCACGGUGAGCCUGAAGUGCGUGAUCACGCAGGCACUGGAGGAGCCCGCCUACAUCUUCUGGUACCACAACGACGAGCGCGUGCUCAACUACGACAAGAGCCUCGUCGAGAUCCGCAUGGAGCGCGUCGCCCCCGACACCACGGUGGGCAACCUGAUCAUCUACAGUCCGCGGCGCGAGGACUCCGGCAACUACUCGUGCUCGCCCUCCAACCUCGACUCCGCCUCCGUCAUGCUGCACGUGCUCAGCGGCGAGCAGCCGGCGGCGAUGCAGCACGGCAACGCGGCGGCGCGCGCGCAGCCGGCGGCGGCGCUGAGCGCGGCGCUGAGCGCGGCGCUGGCGCACGCGCUGUGGCCGCCGCGCCGCGCGCUGCUCAGGCUGCUGCUGCUCGCGGCACUCGCGCUGCUAUUCCCGGUGCUAUGUCACGACGAGGACGACGGCAAAUAGCGCCGCGCGGGGCCUGCGCGCGCGCCGCCCGCGUGAUGUGCGGACACAGUGUGUGUGUGUACGUGAGUGAGAGUGUGUGCGCGGGCGAGGGCCCCACGUCCAGCAACACGCCGCAUGCGAUGCGGAGUGCUUAAGUUAAUGUAUUGUAAAAAUUUCAGAUGUAUUACUUAGAUAAUGGAACGGUCUGUCGUACGCGUUGUGAUAUGAACGAUAUGUGAGAAGAUUCAUUAAAUUACGACGAAAUUCGUAUCGGUACCUACCUACUAAAGUUUAUAUUAUGGGAAACAAACUAUGUACAUAGGCUGACGACGCGAGCGGGGCAGCGCCUCGCUGCUGGCUGCCGCUCGCGAGUCUUUCACAUUUGUAAAAUUGUACAUAAUUAUUAUAAACUAUUACAUUAAUUAUAAUAUUGAUAGAAACAUUGAAUUAUGUAAUGCGCGGCGGCGGCGCACUGCGCGUGUCCGACACAGCGCGGGAUCUCUUGGCUCAAUUCAGAGCUGACGCAAUCUUCAAUAUUACCUCAUUAUAUCUCAGCUACACAGUAGUUACUUGUAUUACGUGUUUUAUGAGCCUAAAGAGCCUCAAUUUUUUUAAAUUCGGGAUAGUGUUUUGACUUGACUAAUAAACAUCUCUUUAUAAUAAACUGACACAAGUAUGACUGUGUCAAGUUAAGAAUGAAGUAAUGUGUCGUGUGCCUGUGUGCGCCGGCACGCGCGGUGCGUGGCUGCUCUAGCGACAGCGAGCUCGCCUGACAGCUGCUCAAUAGUACAACACUGCAAGGAAUUGUAUCAUAAACCGUGAAUUGUUUUGAAUUGUCUACACUCAGCUACGAUGUAUUAUACAUAUUAUGAUGACAUUGUGAGGAGCCGCGGGCGGCGCGUGACGUCACGCGCUAUGCGCCGCCGCCGGCGCCGCUCGCGUCUCCCGACUCCUUAUUAAUUUCAGUGAACGUAUGUCGUCGAACAGUGGUUCCGAGUUAAAUAAGUUUGGUUCGUUAACACUGUUACUGCCUCACUUGUAAAUAUACUAAUGUAAGUAAUACAAAAUAAAGAUGAAAUCGUUGAAACAUU